AUGUCAUUUACAACGCCGGUGAUUACUACCUGUACGAUUUACUCCCCUGGUCGUAAAGCCCAGAUAAAGUUCAUCAUCCAGUGGGCCGACAAGAUAUCACCGGUACAUCAAGAUACUCCUAUAUCUGGGUCCCCUGUUUUUGUGAUGAGAAACUUGACAGAUUCUCCAAUGACCAUGCUUCACUUCAAGACUCUGACGGUAGUUUUCACUCUCCAAGUCCCCACAACGACACUCGUCCUACUCACAUUUCUGGCUCAAGGCUUUUUUACCUCGAAUUUCUACCAGAAUUCAGAUCAGUAA